AUGUCAGGCCCGCCUGGCUACCGCGGUCCUCCCCCCAGCGCACCCGCCGCAAUGAGGGGCCCACCACCGGGCAUGCCUCGAUCCGGCCCAUCAUCGGCCGCCGCAUCCAGCUCGUCGCGCCGCGAGCCACCACCCCUCACCGCCGAACAGCUCCAGGCAAAAGCACGCAAAUGGCAGCAGACACAGAGUCGUCGCUUCGGCGACCGCACCGGCAAGUCCGCAUUCGUAGACACGGGCAAGCAGGACAUGCCCCCCGAGGUGCUCCGCAAGAUCAUCAAGGAGCACGGCGACAUGACCAACCGCAAGUACCGCCAGGAUAAGCGCGUCCACCUCGGCGCGCUCAAGUACCUCCCGCACGCCAUGAUGAAGGUGCUCGAAAACAUCCCCAUGCCCUGGGAGCAGCUCCGCGACGUCCCCGUCCUCUACCACAUCACCGGCGCCAUCACCUUCAUCAACGAGGUGCCCCGCGUCAUCGAACCCGUCUUCCACGCUCAGUGGGCCACCAUGUGGAUCGCCAUGCGCAGAGAGAAGCGCGACCGUCGCCAUUUCAAGCGCAUGCGAUUCCCGCCCUUUGACGACGAGGAACCCGUCGUCGACUACUCGGACAACCUCCUCGACGUAGAGCCCCUCGAGGCCAUCCAGCUCGAGCUCGACGAGGACGAAGACGGUCCCGUCAUCGAUUGGUUCUACGAUCACAAGCCGCUCAUCUCCAACAAGGCCCACGUCAACGGCUCCUCCUAUCGCUUCUGGAACCUCGACUUGCCCCAGAUGGCCACCCUCCAUCGUCUCGGCCGCACCCUCCUCAGCGAGGCCUCCUCCGCCGGCGACCGCAACGCCUUCUACCUCUUCGACAAAAAGGCCUUCUACACCGCAAAGGCGCUCAACAUGGCCAUCCCCGGCGGGCCCAAGUUCGAGCCCCUCUACAAGGACACCGACGGCUUCGACGACGACUUUACCGACUUUACCGACUUCCGCAAGGUCAUCAUCCGCCAGCAGAUUCGCACAGAGUAUCGCGUCGCUUUCCCGCACCUCUACAACUCGAGGCCACGCGCAGUCCACAUCGGCGUCUAUCACGAGCCCGCCAAUGUCUACAUCCGCUCCGACGACAUCGAUCAGGCCUUCUACUUUGAUCCCGCCAUCAACCCCAUCUCGGCGCGCACCCUCGCCAGCACCGGCGCCUUCCGCGACACCUACGACGACGGCACCCCUGUCCUCAGCCACGAAGACCAAGUAUUCGGCCCGGGCGUCGAUGGAGACGACGAGCUGCCAGACGAAGUGGCCUUCUCCUUGCCCGACGAGAUCGAGCCCUUCCUCCAAGAUGCGCCGCUCGAGAACGACCUCACCGCAGACGCCAUCGCGCUCUGGUGGGCUCCCAAGCCCUACUCGCUACGCAGCGGUCGCACACGCCGCGCCGUCGACGUCCCCUUGAUACAGCCCUGGUGCCUCGAGCAUUGCCCACCAAACCAGCCCGUCAAGGUGCGCGUCAGCUACCAGAAGCUGCUCAAGUCGUACGUCUACAACAGCCUCCACACCACAAAGCAAAAGGUGCACAAGCGCACCAACCUGCUCCGAGAGCUCAACAACACCAAGUUCUUCCAAAACACCUCGAUCGACUGGCUCGAGGCGGGUCUCCAGGUCGCCAAGCAGUCGUUCAACAUGAUGAAUCUGCUCAUCCACCGCAAGGGCGCAUCCUACCUCCACCUCGACUACAACAUGAACCUCAAGCCCACAAAGACCCUCACCACCAAGGAGCGCAAGAAGAGCCGCUUCGGAAACGCCUUCCACCUCGUCCGCGAGCUCAGCCGCGUCAUGAAGCUCGUCGUCGACGCACACGUACAGUUCCGCCUCGGCUCCAUCGACGCCUUCCAGCUCGCAGACGGCCUCCAGUACCUCUUCAACCACGUCGCCACGCUCUCGGGCAUCUACAGGUACAAGUACCGCUCCAUGCGCCAGAUCCGCGCCUGCAAGGAUCUCAAGCACGUCAUCUACUACCGCUUCAACGCCGCCGGCGUCGGCAAGGGUCCCGGCGUCGGCUUCUGGGCGCCCUCGUGGAGGGUCUGGAUCUUCUUCCUGCGCGGCAUCGUGCCGCUGCUCGAGCGUUGGCUCGGCAAUCUGCUCGCACGCCAGUUCGAGGGAAGAGGAGGCCGCAGCGGCGCGCAGUCCAUCACCAAGCAGCGCGUCGAGUCCGCCAUGGACCUCGAGCUGCGUGCCGCCGUGAUGCACGACAUCCUCGAUGCCAUGCCCGAGGGCAUGCGCCAGAACAAGGUCAAGACCAUCAUGAGCCACCUCCAGGAGGCCUGGCGCGCGUGCCGCAGCAACACGCCGUGGAGCCCGAAUCUGCCGGCGCCCAUCGAGAACCUCAUCCUGAGGUACGUCAAGCAGAAGUUCGACUGGUGGACCUCCGUGGCCCAUCAGCAGCGCGCCAGGAUCGCCCGCGGUGCGACCGUGGACAAGGCCGCCGUGCGCAAGAAUCAGGGCAGAUUGACCCGUCUCUUCCUGCGUGCAGAGCAGGAGAGGCAGGCAGACUAUCUCAAGAGCGGUCCCUACAUCACCUCCGAGGUCGGCGUCGCCGCCUUCACAGCCACCGUGCAGUGGCUCGAGGCGCGCCGCUUCAGCCCCAUCCCGUUCCCGAGUCUUAACAACAAGCACGACGUCAAGCACCUCGUGUUGGCGCUCGACUCGCUCAAGGAGGCGUACUCGGUCAAGGGCCGUCUGAACCAGAGCCAGCGCGAGGAGCUCGCGCUCAUCGAGCAGGCGUUCGACAAUCCGCACGAGACGCUCGCACGCAUCAAGCGACUCAUGCUGACACAGCGCGCAUUCAAGGAGGCCGGCUUCGACUUCUUCGACACCUUCUCCAAGCUCACGCCCACCUACGACAUCGAGCCCAUUGAGAAGAUCACCGACGCCUAUCUCAGCCAGUACCUCUCGUACGAGGCCGACAAGCGCCAGCUCUUCCCGGCAUGGAUCAAGCCCAGCGACUCGGAGCCGGCGCCGCUGCUCGUGUACAAGUGGUGCAACGGCAUCAACAACGCGCACGACAUCUGGGACACUUCCGAGGGCCAGUGCAACGUGCUCAUGGAGACGACGCUCAGCAAAGUGUUUGAAAAGAUCGACCUCACGCUGCUCAAUCGCCUGCUGCGCCUCGUCAUGGACCACAAUCUGGCCGACUACAUCACCGCCAAGAACAACAUCUCGAUCGUCUUCAAGGACAUGUCGCACGUCAACUCGUAUGGCUUGAUCCGCGGCUUGCAGUUCAGCUCGUUCGUGUUCCAGUACUACGGUCUCGUGCUCGAUCUGCUCAUCCUCGGUCUGCAGCGCGCCAACGAGAUGGCGGGUCCGCCCAACAUGCCCAACGGCCUCUUCCAGUUCCGCGAUACCGCCACCGAGACACGACACCCGGUGCGCCUCUACACGCGCUACGUCGACCGCAUCCACAUCCUCUACCGCUUCACCGCCGACGAGGCGCGCGACCUCGUCCAGCGCUACCUCACCGCCAACCCGGAUCCGAACAACAGCAACGUGAUCGGCUACAACAACCGCAAGUGCUGGCCGCGCGACGCGCGCAUGCGCCUCGUCAAGCACGACGUCAAUCUCGGCCGUGCCGUGUUCUGGACGGUCAAGAACAGCCUGCCGCGCUCGCUCACCACCAUCGAGUGGGAGGACACGUUCUGCUCCGUGUACAGCAAGGACAAUCCGAACCUGCUCUUCUCCAUGCUCGGCUUCGAGGUGCGCAUCCUGCCCAAGAUGCGCCAGGAGGACGUCGAUGUGGCGCGCGACGGCGUCUGGCCGCUCGUCCAGGCAAGCUCGGGCGAGCGCACCUCCACCGCGUUCCUGCGCGUGUCCGAGGAAGGCAUCGCCAACUUUAGCAACCGCGUCCGCGCGCUGCUCAUGUCGGCCGGCGCCGCGCCGUUCAGCAAGAUCGCCAACAAGUGGAACACGUGUCUGAUCGCGCUCAUGACGUACUACCGCGAGGCGGUCGUCAAUACCGAGGAGAUGCUCGACCUGCUCGUCCGGAGCGAGAACAAGGUGAUCAACCGCAUCAAGUCCGGCGUCAACUCCAAGAUGCCCUCGCGAUGGCCCAUCCACAUCCUCGCUUCGCCCAAGGAGCUCGGCGGUCUCGGCAUGCUCUCCAUGGGCCACGUGCUCAUCCCCGCAUCCGACCUCAAGUACUCGCGCCAGACCACCACGGGCAUCACGCACUUCCGAGCUGGUCUGUCGAACCAGGAGGACCAGCUGCUGCCGGCGUUGUACCGCUACAUUACGCCGUGGGCGUCCGAGUUUGAAGACUCGGCGCGUGUGUGGCAGGAGUACGCGCAGAAACGCAAGGAGGCCAACGAGCAGAACCGACGCCUGACGCUCGAGGAUCUCGAGGACUCGUUCCACCGCGGUCUGCCACGCAUCGCCACGCUCUUCCAGAAGGACCGCACGAUCCUGUCGUACGACAAGAUGUGGCGCGUGCGCCAGGAGUUCAAAAAGUAUCAGAUCGCCAAGUCGCAGCCGUUUGCGUGGACGAAUCAGCGUCACGACGGCAAGCUGCACAACCUCAACCAGCUGCGCACGGACACCAUCGCGGCGCUCGGCGGUGUCGAGACGAUCCUCGAGCACUCGCUCUUUGCAGCGACGGGCCACCCGACUUGGGAGGGCCUGUUCUGGGAAAAGUCGUCGUCGUUCGAGGAGAGCAUGCAGCAGAAGCGGCUCACGAAUGCGCAGCGAUCGGGUCUGUCCCAGAUCCCCAACCGUAGGUUCACGCUGUGGUGGUCGCCCACGCUCAACCGCAGCAGCGUGUACAUUGGCUUCCAGGUGCAGCUCGACCUGUGCGGAGUGCUCAUGUCCGGCAAGAUGCCUUCGCUCAAGAUUUCGUACAUCCAGCUCUUCCGCGCGCAUCUGUGGCAGAAGAUCCACGAGUCGGUGGUGAUGGACCUGUGCCAGGUGUUUGACCAGGAGCUCGAGGCGCUCUCGAUCGAGACGGUGCAGAAGGAGACGAUCCAUCCGCGAAAGUCGUACAGGCUCACGGCGUCGAGCUCGGACAUCCUGCUGUUUGCCAGCUACAAGUGGCCGAUGUCGCGGCCGUCGCUGCUGACCGACUCGCGCGACGUGAUGGACGGCUCGAGCGGCAACAAGUGGUGGGUCGACGUGCAGCUGCGCUGGGGCGACUACGACUCGCACGACAUCGAGCGCUACUGCCGCGCCAAGUUCCUCGACUACACCACGGACAACACCUCGAUCUAUCCGUCGGCCACCGGCGCGCUCGUGGGCAUCGACCUGGCGUACAACAUCCAUUCGGCCUACGGCAUCUGGUUCCCAGGCAGCAAGCCGCUCAUCCAGCAGGCCAUGGCCAAGAUCAUGAAGGCCAACCCGGCGCUGUACGUGCUGCGGGAGCGCGUGCGCAAGAGUCUGCAGCUGUACAGCUCGGAGCCGACGGAGCCGUACCUCAACUCGAACAAUUACGCCGAGCUGUUCAGCAACCAGAUCAUCUGGUUCGUCGACGACACCAACGUCUACCGCGUCACCAUCCACCGCACCUUCGAGGGCAACCUGGUGACCAAGCCGAUCAACGGCGCCAUCAUCAUCCUCAACCCGCGCACGGGCCAGCUCUUCCUCAAGAUCAUUCACACGUCCGUGUGGGCGGGGCAGAAGCGUCUGGGCCAGCUGGCCAAGUGGAAGACGGCCGAGGAGACGAUUGCGCUGGUGCGCAGUCUGCCCGUCGAGGAGCAGCCGAAGCGCAUCAUUGUGUCGCGCAAGGGCAUGCUCGAUCCGCUCGAGACGCACUCGCUCGACUUCCCCAACCUGUCGAUCGUGGGCUCGGAGCUGCAGCUGCCGUUCCAGAGCUUCCUGAAGCUCGAGGCGAUCGGCGAUCUGGUGCUCAAGGCGACGCAGCCGCAGAUGGUGCUCUACUCGUCGUACGACAACUGGAUGACCAACGUGAGCAGCUUCACGGCGUUUUCGCGGCUGAUCCUGCUGCUGCGCUCGCUGCACGUCAACCAGGAGAAGGCCAAGAUCAUCCUGCGGCCGCAUCCGGGCGUCGUGACGGAGGCGCACCAUCUGUGGCCGACGCUGACGGACGAGGAGUGGAUCAAGGUGGAGAUCCAGCUGCGCGAUCUGAUCCUCGCCGACUUUGGCAAGCGCAACAACGUCAAUGUCAACUCGCUCACCUCGUCCGAGAUCCGCGACAUUAUCCUGGGCAUGACGAUCCAGGCGCCGUCGGUGCAGCGCCAGCAGAUGGCCGAGGUGGAGAAGACGGCCGAGGCGCAGCAGCAGGUGACGGCGACGCAGACGCGCACCGUCAACGUGCACGGCGAGGAGAUCCAGACGGUCACCACGACGCAGUACGAGAACAAGCUGUUUAGCUCCAAGUCGGACUGGCGCGUGCGUGCGCUGAGCGCCACGAAUCUGCCGCUGCGAUGCCAGCAUCUGUACGUGUCGAACGACGACAUUCGCGACGACGUGGGCAGUCUGACGUAUGUCAUGCCCAAGAACAUCCUCAAGACGUUUAUUGUGAAUGCGGAUCUGCGCACGCAGGUGGCGGGAUACAUGUACGGCGUAUCUCCCGCGGAUGCACCGAGCAUCAAGGAGAUCAAGGUGAUCGUGUGGGUUCCACAGCGCGGCUCGAACCACCGCGUCGAGCUCCCGGACACGCUUCCCGAGCACGAAUUCAUGCUCAAGGAUCUCGAGCCGCUAGGUUGGAUCAAGACUUCGGCUGUGGAUGUGCCGCACCUGCCGCCGCAAGACGUGGCGGUGCAUGCACGCACCAUGGCGGCGCAUCCGGAGUGGAGCGCCUCGACGAUCUGCAUUACGUGUGCCUUUACUCCCGGCUCGGUGUCGCUCUCUGCGCACAGUCUGAGCGUGGCCGGGUUCGAGUGGGGACGCAAGGCGAGCGACGCGGAUGUGGCGAGUGCGGCGGGAUUCAACCCGGCCACGAUGGUCGACAAGACGCAGCUGCUGCUGUCGGACCGCAUCCUGGGCACCACGCUCGUGCCCACGGAGCGCGUGUGGAACUACGGCCUCAGCUUGAGCGCCCAGUGGACGAGCAGCAUCAAGUACGGCUUGGUGCUCGACAGGCCCGCCGCAUUCUGGGACGAGCUGCACAGACCGCACACCUUCCUCUCGUUCACCAACGAGCAGGAUGCAGCUGACGACGUGGCCGACUGGCAAGACGCCUUUGCCUAA